AUGUCUGCUCCCACAUCCCCCAAAGCCUCAUUCGAUAUCGGGGAGCGACCCAAAUGCAGAGAUCAUACGAUUCCAGCUGCGGGGUCCGGCCACAACCGCAGCCUUUCCGGUGACGCAAAGCCAACAGAACGAAGUCCACAUCGGAGAUCAAUCCAGUUUAGCGUCGGAGGAUCCGAGGCCCUGCUACCUACUCGUUCGGCAAGCUUUAAGGAGAAGCGGCUCUCGUCGAGGGAACUGGAAGAAAAAGAAAGUGAACACAAAGCUGCCAAAUUGAACCGAGGGCCGUCUCCCCCACCGCCGAAGACUUAUGAACGAGGCGUGUCUUUCGACACAUUCGAUAAUUUCGACGCUACCGAUUUCUCCCUCACUCUGAAUUACAAACACAAGGGCUAUCAGUCCACACGUCGCAGCAGGACCUUUUUAUGCGGUACUGACCAGAACGAUUAUUCCGAAUUCGCUCUCGAAUGGCUCAUUGACGAGCUGGUGGAUGACGGGGAUGAGAUCGUCUGCCUUCGAGCAGUGGAGAAGGAUUCGCGCAUAGCCAGUGAUGCCGGGAUCGAGGAGAGGAAGUACCGCGAGGAGGCUGAGAAGCUGUUCGAACAAGUUAUCCAGAAGAACAGCCAUAAUGAGAAGGCUAUCAGCUUGGUCCUAGAACUUGCCGUCGGCAAGGUCGAGAGCAUCAUUCAACGCAUGAUUCGUAUAUACCAGCCAGCAAUGCUUAUUGUCGGCACCCGAGGACGCAAUAUGAAAGGAGUGCACAGCCUGCUUCCUGGAUCAGUCUCCAAAUACUGCCUCCAGCAGUCCCCCAUCCCCGUGAUUGUCGUGCGCCCAUCGCCAAAGCGCGAGAAGAAGAAGAAGAAGCGUCGCGCAGACCCAACGCGGCGCAGCUAUAACCACAUCUUAGAAAUGAGCGAGCAGCGCGGUAGUCAGAUUUUCGGCGCCAGUUCCAGCAACGACAGCAGUACCUCGAAACUGCCGGACGAGGAGGCUGCAGUGGCCGAGGCACUUGGUCUCCCUGCAUCAUACUCGAACGCGACCUCGCGUAGCUCGCUCUCUGUCUCGGAUCGAAGUAGCAUCAGCCACGAUGAUUCCGACGCCACCUACCCGGCCCGGAACUCGCUGAAUGGGAAGAGUCCAACGCUCGGUAGCUCCGCGGAAAGCUCCCAAGAGAACAUCGUUGCUGAUGAUGCGGCUCAGCCAUAUGCCUCGCGUUCGCAGGGUGGGGCUGCGGCUUCGCCUCCCCCAUCCGACGAUGACUCUUCGGAUUCUGACUCCUCGUCGACUACGGAGGGCGAGAGACCCGACGCGCCAGAUGAGUGCUCGGAACCACUCAAAAGCCCUAUAUCCAUCCCCAUGAUCGAAGUGUCGGAUGGACAUGAUACUCAUGACACCACAACGAAUCCCGAAAACCCUAGUGCACCUUGA